CCGCCGGUCAGCCCGCGCUCGGCUCCGGGCCCGCGCAGCUCUCCCUGCCGGCUCGCGAGAACGAGCAGGGGAGGGGACGGAGCCGGCGCCCCGAGGGCUGGAGGAGUCCGCUCUCCGCAGCGGGCGGCCGGGCCCCUAGCUGCGGCAGCAGCCGGCGGCGGCGGCGGCGGCGGGGACGUGCCAGCCCGCGCUGGGUGGCGGAGAGCCCGCGGGGCGGGGGCUGCGGCCGGUGGUCCGCGAGAGAGCUUGCAGGCAGCAUGGCGGGGCUGCGGGCCAGGCGGAGCUCCGGGCUCCGGCUGCUGGCGCUGUCCGCGCUCGGCUUCUGCCUGAUGCUGCAAGUCAGUGCCAAGAGGCCCCCCAAGACGCCCCCCUGCCCGCCCAGCUGCUCUUGCACCAGGGACACCGCCUUCUGCGUGGACUCUAAGGCAGUGCCCAGGAACCUGCCCUCCGAGGUCAUCUCUCUGACGCUGGUGAAUGCUGCCUUCUCGGAGAUCCAGGAUGGAGCAUUUUCCCACCUGCCACUGCUACAGUUCCUGUUACUCAACUCCAACAAGUUUACACUGAUUGGAGACAACGCCUUCACAGGACUGUCGCACCUGCAGUACCUCUUCAUUGAGAACAAUGACAUCUGGGCACUAUCCAAGUUUACCUUCAGAGGACUCAAGUCUUUGACACACUUAUCACUGGCCAACAAUAACCUGCAGACACUGCCUAGAGACAUCUUUCGGCCCCUGGACAUCCUGAGUGACUUGGACCUGCGGGGCAACUCGCUCAACUGCGACUGCAAGGUGAAGUGGCUGGUGGAGUGGCUGGCGCACACCAACACCACAGUGGCCCCCAUCUACUGCGCCAGCCCGCCCCGCUUCCAAGAGCACAAGGUGCAGGACUUGCCGCUGCGGGAGUUUGACUGCAUCACCACGGAUUUCGUGCUGUACCAGACCCUGUCCUUCCCAGCCGUGUCAGCCGAGCCCUUCCUCUACUCCAGCGACCUCUAUUUGGCUCUGGCCCAGCCAGGUGCCAGUGCUUGCACUGUCCUCAAGUGGGACUAUGUGGAACGGCAGCUUCGAGAUUAUGAUAGAAUCCCAGCCCCCUCUGCCGUGCACUGCAAGCCCAUGGUGGUGGACAGCCAGCUGUACAUGGUUGUGGCCCAGCUGUUUGGGGGCUCUUAUAUUUACCACUGGGACCCCAACACCACACGCUUCACCAAGCUGCAGGACAUUGACCCACAGCGCGUGCGCAAGCCCAACGACCUCGAGGCUUUCCGCAUCGACGGUGACUGGUACUUUGCUGUGGCCGACAGCUCCAAGGCGGGUGCCACCAGCCUCUACCGCUGGUACCAGAACGGCUUCUACUCCCACCAGGCCCUGCACACCUGGCACCGUGACACUGACCUGGAGUUUGUGGAUGGCGAGGGCAAGCCACGGUUGAUUGUGUCUAGCAGCUCCCAGGCGCCUGUCAUCUAUCAGUGGAGUCGCACCCAGAAGCAGUUUGUGGCCCAGGGCGAGGUGACCCAGGUUCCUGAUGCCCAGGCCGUGAAACACUUCCGUGCCGGUCGCGACAGCUACCUGUGUCUCAGCCGCUACAUCGGCGACUCUAAGAUCCUGCGCUGGGAGGGCAGCCGCUUCUCUGAAGUGCAGGCCCUGCCCUCCAGGGGCUCCCUGGCCAUGCAGCCCUUCCUCGUGGGCGGCCGCCGCUACCUGGCGCUGGGGAGUGACUUCUCCUUCACGCAGAUCUACCAGUGGGACGAGGGGCGCCAAAAGUUUGUGCGGUUCCAGGAGCUGGCUGUGCAGGCCCCUCGGGCCUUCUGCUACAUGCCUGCUGGGGACGCCCACCUGCUCCUGGCCCCCAGCUUCAAGGGACAGACCCUCGUGUACCGACACAUCGUGGUGGAUCUCAGUGCCUAGAGGGGUGCCGAGCCUCUGGGUGUCCGGGCGGCCCCUGGAGGAUGCAAAGAAGUCUCUGUGAGCAGGAUGUGUGCCCGUGUGAAGACACAUGUAACCAACCUGCACACAUGACCUCACGGACACCCCCCGCGCCCGCCCCCUCCAUGAGCAUGGGCACACACCGUGGGCAGGCCCAGGGGAGACACUUAUACUAUAGUUGUCAUCAGCAUGGAGACUUGUAGAUGUGCCAGGCAACCCAGCUGCCCUGUGCCCUCUCAUACGUGGACAUCUGUCGGCCCCACAUUCUACCCAAAGACACCCCCCCAUCCUUGAUCUGCUGCUUUCCCCAGCAGACUCUGGCCCCAGGGGAGGAGUAUGGGGGGGGGGCAGAACCACCCCCUCCCGUUUUUCAGCUUAGCUUUCCUACUCUUUGGUCUCUCCUGUUGGUGCUCCGGGUGUCUGUUUUCCUGCUCAUGUUCGGCACUGCAGCCCGCGGCCACAUCCUUCACGCCGCUGGGCUCGCUCGCCCGCGCUAUGCUCCUUCUGCAUGCACACAUGGACGCUGAUGGACACCCUCAGUUACACACACACACCUGUUGACUCUCCCAUUUCUGUGUGCACACAUGCAGAUUCAGUGCGGCCUAAAGAGGCUCUCCUUCAUCACCUUGACUCUCUUCUUAGAGAAGGCACAUGGUACCUGUCCUCCUCGGUUCAUCUCUGGUGUGCCCACCCUGUAGCUCAUAAGGAUGGCAAUGGUAGUGCCAGCCUCUGGGCACAAGCUUGAUCUCCUGGGGGCAAAGCCCCUCUGCCCAAAGCAAUAAAGCAGACCCCGAGUUCUUCUUAGGGCCUUCUCUGUUCUCA